GACGCGCGCCGUGCGCGGAGGCCAAGAUGGCGGACGAGGAGGGCGAAGCGCGGCCGGGGGCGCGGAACGGGGCCGGGGAGGGACCCCCGGGCGGGCCCCGCGUCGUCCGCAUCGUCAAAUCCGAGUCCGGCUACGGCUUUAACGUCCGCGGGCAAGUGAGCGAAGGCGGGCAGCUGCGCAGCAUCAACGGCGAGCUGUACGCGCCGCUGCAGCACGUCAGCGCCGUGCUGGGCGGAGGGGGGGGGGGGGGGGGGGGGGGGGGGGGGGGGGACAGGAACGGGGUGAACGUGGAGGGAGCCACCCACAAGCAGGUGGUGGACCUGAUCCGGGCCGGUGAGAAGGAGCUGGUGCUGACGGUGCUGUCGGUGCCGCCGCACGAGGCCGAGAGCCUGGAGCCCCCCGAGGAGCCCCUGGGCCCCCCCUUCUACGACUACAGCGAGAAGCAGGCGGUGCCCAUCUCCAUCCCCACCUACAAACACGUGGAGCAGAGCGGGGAGAAGUUCGUGGUGUACAACGUUUACAUGGCCGGGAGGCAGCUGUGCUCCAAGCGCUACCGGGAGUUCUCCAUCCUGCACCAGAACCUGAAGCGGGAAUUCGCCAACUUCACCUUCCCGCGCCUGCCGGGCAAGUGGCCGUUCUCGCUGUCCGAGCAGCAGCUGGACGCCCGCAGGAGGGGCCUGGAGGAGUACCUGGAGAAGGGUAGGGGCUGGCUGCUCAAGUUUUCCCUGCUGGGGGAUUCUGACAGGAUUCCCUGAUUUUUGGGAAUUUUCCCCUUUUUUUCCCAGAAUUACAACGGCGUCUCGGACGUGGAGCUGCGCGUGGCGCUCCCGGACGUCACCACGGUCACGGUCAGGGUGAAGAAGAACAGCACCACAGACCAGGUGUACCAGGCCGUGGCUGCCAAGGUGGGCAUGGACAGCGUCACCGCCAACUACUUCGCCCUCUUCGAGGUCAUCAACCACUCCUUCGUGAGGAAGCUGGCUCCCAACGAGUUCCCCCACAAGCUCUACGUGCAGAACUACACGUCGGCCGUGCCGGGGACGUGCCUGACGCUGCGCAAGUGGCUCUUCACCACCGAGGAGGAGGCGCUGCUCAACGACAACGACCUGGCCGUGGCCUACUUCUUCCACCAGGCCGUUGAUGACGUCAAGAAGGGCUACAUCAAAGCCGAGGAGAAAUCCUACCAGCUGCAGAAGCUCUGCGAGCAGAGGAAGAUGGUGAUGUACCUGAACAUGCUGCGGACGUGCGAGGGCUACAACGAGAUCACCUUCCCCCACUGCUCCUGCGACUCGCGCCGCAAGGGCCACGUCAUCUCUGCCAUCAGCAUCCGCCACUUCAAACUGCACGCCUGCACCGAGGAGGGGCAGCUCGAGAACCAGGUGAUUGCGUUCGAGUGGGAGGAGAUGCAGCGCUGGGACACGGACGAGGAGGGCAUGGCCUUCUGCUUCGAGUACGCGCGCGCCGAGAAGAAACCGCGCUGGGUCAAGAUCUUCACGCCCUACGUGAGUGACUGGGGUCCCUGAAA